UUGUUUAUUUCUAUCUUAAUACUUCACACUCGUUCUUCUUUAUCUUUUACACCUAAAAUGCAAUCCUAUCCAUCUGCUUACGGUUCAGAAGCUGGUUACUUUCCCCAACAACAAUUUGUUAAUAAUCCUCCACAACAAUUUGUUAAUAAUCCUCCACAACAAUUUGUUAAUAAUCCUCCACAACAAUUUGUCAAUAAUCCUCCACAACAAGUUGUUAAUAAUCCUCCACAACAAGUUGUUAAUAAUCCUCCACAACAAGUUGUUAAUAAUCCUCCACAACAAUUUGUUAAUAAUCCUCCACAACAAUUUGCUAAUAAUCCAAUGAAUCCUCCACAACAAUUUGCUAAUAGUCCUAUAAAUCCUCCUCAACAAUUUGUUAAUAGUCCUAUAAAUCCUCCACAACAAUUUAUUAAUAGUCCUAUAAAUCCUCCACAACAAUUUGUUAAUAGUCCUAUAAAUCCUCCACAACAAUUUGUUAAUAAUCCAAUUAAUCCUCCACAACAAUUUGCUGUUUAUCCUACAAGUCAUCCACAACAAUUUGCAACGAGUUCUCCAAAAAUGUUUCUUACGAGUCCUCAACAAUUUACUAAUCAACCUAGGAGUCCUCCAUCUGUAUAUAUUAAUCAACCGUCAAUGCCAAGAAAAAGUCCUGCUCAAUUGAAAAAAGAAGAAGAACAAAAGAAACGACUUAAGGAAGAAAGGAAAAAAUAUCCUUACAGGAAUCCUUCUCCUUGUACUAGAAGAAAGUGUAUUUUACUUACUGUGGCAAGUCUUGCUAGUUUAAUGAAUACUGGUGCUACUUUAUAUUUUUAUUUUACUGCUGCUUUCGCAAAUCAUGAAUUGUCUGGAGGAUUAUUUAUAAUUGUAUUCCUUUGUGAACUUAUUCCUAGAAUUAUACAAGCCUAUCAAGUUUACAGAUUUACUAAAAAGACCGUAGGAUUUCAUAUUAGUGAUACUAUCG